UGACAGAGCGCAGGCAUUUAUUUUAUUAUAAGAUAAAAACGCGAAGUGCAUAUCGUUUGAAUUUAAGUGAGACCGGCAUCUUUUUUUAUUUACGUUCAUAAAUAAAAAUAGUUAUCAUUAACCAUGUCUCGUUCAAAUUUUCGCAUUAAAGUCGAUUUAUCGAGAUAUUAUCAAGAUAUUCGACAAAUUUGUUGGAUGUUUAUUGAUGGAACGAAAAUUUUAUUAAUUUCUGAUUUGAAGAAACAUAUAAAUAAAUUAUUUAACAUUAGUGAACCUUAUCAUUUGUGUUUAAAUAAUACUGAAUAUUUACCACCUUCUGAAGAUGCUAGAAUACUAAAAGAAAAUGAAACAAUUGUUGUUGUACCAGGUAGUGGUUUGGACAAUGAAGUAGAAUCAGUUAUGAAUGAUGUAUCAGCUUAUGUACAAAAUAAAAACAUUAGCAGUAAGAAAGAAAAUAUAACAUGCAAUCAUAAAGAAACGAAAUCAGUAGAAUGUGUUAAGGAUGUAACACCAGUUCCUACGAAAGGAAACGAGCUUCUUCGAACUGAUGAUGAACUUUCUGAUUUUAAAAAUGAUGUAUCAUCUUUGGAUGUGACAUUUCAUAGCAUAAUAAAUGAUACAGAGGAUAACUAUAGUACAGAUUCUAAAACAAUGAACAGUACUAUUACAGAUGAUUAUUGUUACGCGCAGAAAGAAGAAACUUCUAAAAAUAAACGUAAAAGAGUGCGACAUAAAAAAGGAAAGAAAAACAAAGACAUAUCGAGUGUAACAAAAGAUUCCAAUGAUGAUGAUGUAAAAACAAAAAAAGCUAAGGUAGUCGAUUCUCUUGUUUUGUCAUCGGGAAAGCAUAUAAGAUUUGAUACUCCAAUAAGUGAAAGACCACAAAAUGAUGACUACUGUGAAAAUUCGUUAGUGAAACUCUAUGAUUUGGCAGACUUUUUGACUCCUCCUACAUUUCAUAAUAAAAAAAUCAAAGAAGAAAUGAAUGUACCAAAAAAUACGCCUGAUAUUGAAAAAGAUAAUAUUAAUGAUUCUAAAAACAUAAAUGAAAAGGAAAACGAAACGUUGAAUAAUAGUCAUGACAAAAAUAUAUCCAAGAAAGAAAGUAAAUCCUCUAUUAAAAAUCAAACAUUUUCUGAUAUUGAACCUGAUCAAUGUGUUCGUAUUCCUGUAAAAAUGCACCAAAUAGAAAGUUUUGAUAUUAUUGAAUUCAAAAUGUUAACGAUUGGAUCAGAUUAUACACCAGAAGUAUCACAAAUAAUCGUAGCACAGGUGAUUUCAAUCGACAGAACAUCUAGUUUAUUUACUUUGAAAAUAAUUAAAGGAUUAGAUCAAAUUUAUGAUGAUAAUGUACCUGCGGGAAAGUUUAGUAUUUCCGAAGAGGAAACUAAUAAGAAAUCAUCGAUUUUUUUCAAUCUAAGCUAUUCUAAAAUGAUUGAUCCGUGCGUUCUAAAAAAGUUAUCUUAACACGAUAUAGCUUAUUAAGAAAUUUAUAUUAAUUAUAUUUUAUAUUUUGACACUUUACGUUCCUGAAUU